CUAAGCCUAGGAGCCGCAGCCCAUCUCUGACACCGAGGGGCCCGCGGGGCCACUCGGACUCCGUUCCCCAGCCGGCCCUUUGCUUUCACACGAUCCGCGGUGACUGCACCAGCUUGAGCGUCUUUAAAGGGCCACACACGCCAGUCACCGCUAUAAAAUGUUCCCAGCGGCACAGCUGCAGAAGGGGCACCACUGAGCCGCCAAGAGGAGGCUUAGUCUGCCCGGCCGCCCGCCCGCCCGCCCGCCCGCAGUCAACCGGCGAGGAGAAAGAGGGCCAAGGAAGGCACGGCACCAGCUCUGGCCCUCGGUCAACAGUUCCAGCUGUUUACCCAACUUCUGCCAAGGCUCUGAAAUGCCAGCUAUGUCAAGACCUGCACAUGAUGUCAAAGGUAGCUCCCCAACCACAAAGGAGGAGGCCAACUGUGAGAAGAAUCCUCUGACCUACCCUAACUUGGGGACGAAGGAUCGCAAGGCAGUGACCAUCCUGCACUACCCGGGGAUAGUCACAAGUGGAGCCAAGUCCAGUGGGGGCCUUGCCAUCUCCUCUGGCCCUCCAUCUCCGAUACUGAUAGACUCUACUGCCACCGGCUUUCCUAAUAAGCCCCAACCCUUUAAUCUGCUUGCUUCCCCCCACCUGUUGGCCAGUAUGCAGUUGCAGAAACUUAAUAACCACUAUCAUGGGGUGACUGUUGUCACCCCGGGUGAGCCUGAGGAGGAAGAUCCCCUGUGGCCUAUUGGGGAUCUGGCUGAAGGGGCAGAGUCACCCCCUCCUACUGAUGCCCAGAACCCUGUCAUUGAUUCAGACCCAGUAGAUGAGGAGGUGCUGAUGUCAUUGGUGGUGGAACUGGGUCUUGACCAAGCCAAUGAGCUUCCUGAGCUGUGGCUGGGCCAGAAUGAGUUUGAUUUUACCGCAGAUUUCCCAUCAUGCUGCUAAUGGCCAAAUGCCCCUAACGGUGGAAGAAUGAAACCACCUAUACUGAUGUAAAUAAAAAUAAAAGUUACUUGCAAAGUGA